UAAUCUACCAAACACUAAUUUCCAAACUUUUUGUUCAAUGUUUAGAUAUAAGUCGUUUAAUAGAAAAUAAAACCGGAUAUCUGUCAUAAUCUCUUUGCAUGCUUCAUUUAUUUAUUUUCUUGUCAGUAUUGGUUUAACAUGUUAACUGUUUCUAUCAAUUAUUUACUAUUAUUAUUUUUUUAAAUAUGUUUUGUUAUGGAGGGCAGAAUUACAUUUUUUCAUAAUGUGUUAUUUGCAGGGUUUAUAUAAAUAUGUAUUAAAGUAAGUUGCAUUCAUUUUGAUGUAAACUUCUUGUGUGGUGGAGGGAGCUCAGACUUUGUUGUGAUCCUUCUACUUUUUAAAUCAAAUCCAUUGCAGGUGCUGCAGUCAUUUAGUAAAUGAUAAUAUACUGCAAUACUGACUGCUUUUUGAUACUUAAAGUACAUUUAUGGUGCUUGUACUUCUCGACUUAAACUUGCAAUGCCAACACCCAGCGGUGGAAUUUAUUUACUCAAGUACUGUACUGUAAUUUUCAGGCACUUGUACCUUUUUUUUGUUUUUACAUUUUUGAAGCCAAUAUUGUACUCUUUAAUCCACUACAUUUGUUUGACUUAAAUUACUUUAUAAUCAGGUUAUUAAUACAAAAUAUGAAUCAACUAACACAUUGUAAUGUCUUAUUGUAGGUUAAGCUACCCAGCAACAUAUAAAGUAAUUAAAAAAGAGCCCCACUUUUAUGAAAUCAUGACCUAGUGUUUCAUACUUAUUCUGAAGUGGGCUAUUCUACAUAAUGAGCACCGUUAUUUUUGGUAUAUGGUAUUUUGAUGCUGCUUUAUGUACUUUCACUGAAGCAAGAUUUCCAAUGCAGGACUGGAACAUAUUAUUUACACAGUGGUAUUGCUAUUUUUACAUAAGUAAAAGAUCUGAGUGCUUCUUCCACCACUGCCUACUACGCCCUUGAGCUUUUUUUGUCAUGUCUUUAAUAGUAUAACAUCCCAUCUGUGGGAAUUAUUGGACAGGCGCUUAGCACUGACGCCUAAAUGCAGGAACCGGCGGUCCUCCUCGCUGUCUGCGCAUGCCCGACAGACGUUGCUCUCCGUAGCCAGACAGCAGCAGCUCGGAGAACCAACACCGGGGAUGGUCUCUUCAUUUUUUCUAAAAAUACAAUAUAAACAUUAAAUCUCCACAAAAUGAAGUUCCCCUACUCAUAGAUUCGCGAGGAGUAAGUAUAAUGCUCUUAAAUUCGGGUCGCGUCGGUGUUUCUCCGUCUAUGAAAAGCUAAAGUUUGCUAACCAGCUGGCCUGGUCACAAUAAGCACAAAGAAGCUCCUUAUUUAUUGGGACUCGAGCUAAUCUAUUCAACGAUGCAUUUUUGUGAUUUCCCACCGCAGUCAGUCCAGUCCAUGUUAGCUGGCUGAAAUAGCCCCGCUUCAUGUAUUAGGUCUGUGCUAACGUUAGCUAGCUGUGGUGAAUUACAGCAGAUUGAGGCUGGAUUGCUAGUCAGAUGGCUAACGUUAUCUCGCUACAGACUGGCUGUCUGAAAGUGGAGCUACCUCACUCAUGACGGCUGUAGUAAUGGUGUGAUCCGACACGGUCGGUGCUCUGGUUAAUUCAGGGCGUUAGCCGACGACGGUGCCAGAGAUCCACACGGUAGGUGUGAGCUGUCUCUGUAGGAAAGGUCACGUUAUUAUCCGGUCUGCAUUAAUGAAGAUCUUCUUUCUCCUUUACACGCACUGCGUCCUCCUGAGGCACACCGAGGGUAAAACAGAAGAGCCGAGUCAGGAGAGAAGCGCUGGUCUGCGUUCAGAUCAAACGGAAGAGCCAGGAGCUUUAUUGGAUUAUUAUUGAACACGUUUAAGGCCUUUGACUCGUUGGCUUUCCGUUGCUCUCAAUACUAAGAGAUAGACACAGGCCUACCGCUAAAAACAAGGACGACAAAGCAGGACAAAAGUAAACAACUGCUAUGUACAUCAAUAAAUAUGUAUUGGAGAAAAUCAACAAUAGCACAAUGACGUGCCAUCAGUAAGAGAGUGGUGCAGUGCUGGAAUAAGUAUGGACAUGAUCGUAUACAACUACCACUUAAUCUGUGAUGAAUCUAAGAUCACAAAGAUUACAAAGAUGACACCACUAUGACAAGUCUCUCAUGUAGCUGACCAGUGGAAGUGAACUAAUGGUGAAUCAUAAACCGCCUGCAAAUCUGUGAUGAAUCUGCAAAAUAAUGUGUGACUAAACCGUAAAAGAACACUCCAGAGAUCCUUCCCUGCCUUCUUCCAACGGAGGAGACGAGGAAUAACAUUGCACUGAAGCUGCAACUAAGAAUUAUUAUAAUUUUCAAUAAUUCCGACCGCUAUUUCUCUUGAUUGACUGACUACUAGUUUAGUCUAUAAAAGGUCCAGAAAUGCUGCUGUAUAAUUUAUGAUUAUAAUAAUAGAUUUGAAAAAAUAAGUAAUUUUAUGUGUAUUUAUUUGUUGCUUUUUGUUUUGCAAAGUUAAGCCUGAUGUUACUUUACACGUAUAAGAAUGAUCCCAGUCUCUUCCACACAGUGAGGCAGAGACUGUGAUAUAUAUAUAUAUAUAUACACACACACACAUACAGAGAGUGUGAUAAUGAUGAUGAAUAACGAUCAAUGUCUUGUCCAUAUAUCGUACAAUAAGUUGGUGUUUUAUUCAAGCCGUCUCUGCUCGCCUGCUGCGCACACGAGCUCCUACAGAACCAGGACGUCGGUUUAUUACAAGCGGCCAUUUGCAAAAGUAUGGUGAGGAGAAGGUGUCCCGUGCUGCAAUAGCGUCAUAGUGACAUGCUGGCUUGCCUGCCGGCAUCAGGUGACCCUACCGUCAGACUUCUCUCCCGCACGCAGAUGAACACCGGACUUCAGAAAUGGGAAACUACACAGAAGAUGAGAUCUGCCAGCUAUCCAACCCCAGCAGAGUUGGAUGCCUUUGCUAAGAAAGUUGCCAACAGCCCUCUGACCAUCCAGAUCUUCCCCAACAGCGUCAAAGUACCUCAAAGGAAGCACAUUCGCCGCACAGUCAACGGGCUCGACACGUCCUCGUCCAGCCAGCGCCACAGUCCCUACCCGUCUCAGGUCAGCUCCAGUAGGGGUCUGCUGGCCGUCCUCCGCGUGCCCGCCAAAGGCUUCGUCAAACAGUCGGACAGCAGCCGCGCCCGGCAGCUCCAGAAGGCCGCCAUGAACCCUCACAGCGGGCCGUACGCCGCUCAAAGCACUUUAAAUCUCCCUCAACCCACCCCUCACCUACAAGGCCCGACGCCGCCCGACGCCCAGAAGCAGGGCAUGGUUCACCCUCAGGCGCUGCAGCAAAGCAUGACUCAUCCAAUGACUGUACAACGGCCUCAAACCGUGCCCCACCCGCAGGCUUUACAGCAAAGGAGCAUGGCUCAUUCACAAGCUCUGCAGCGGCAGCAGAGUUUGUCCCAGGUUCAGACUCCGCAGCAGAGAUUGACUCAUCCGCAGAGCAUACAGAGGCAGCAGAGUCUGCCUCACACCCAGGCUCAGCAGCAGCAGCAGCAGCAGCAGCAGCAGCAGCAGCAGCAGCAGCAGCAGCAGCAGAGCCAGCCUCAUCCACCGGUCGUCCCGCAGCAGCAGCAUCUUUCUCAUCUGCAGACACUAAAGCAUCACGCGGCUCCUCCGCAAGCUUUACUUGCACAGCAGGGAGCGACUCAGGACCUGCGCCACAUGUCCGACGGAGCUCAGCUUCCGAGCAUACAGCACACCCAGGGGCUAGGCGGCCCACAGCCCCUCCCCCAGGCUGCGGGCGCGGGGCCUCCGACUGCGCCCAACAGCCUCCAGCAGCCCCCACCGGGGGCGUACGGGCCCCGGAAGCUCCCCGACGCAGACGCCCCACCAAAUGUAACUGUAUCUACCUCUACCAUCCCACUGUCCAUGGCGGCCAGCCUGCAUCAGAACCGGCCGAGUGACCUGAGCAGCAUCGUGCACCAAAUCAACCAGCUGUGCCAGGCACGGGCCGGUAUGGGCGCCACCUCCGUCUGCGAGGGCCAGAUUGCGAACCCCAGCCCCAUCAGCCGCAACCUUCUGAUCAACGCCAGCUCCAGGGUGUCCUGUCACCACCCAGCCCUGGGCUCCGUGCCCAGCUGCCUCAUGGUGGGACACCCAGACAAAGCCACAGCUCAGACUCCCAAUGCUGCACUCCACUCGCAGCCCAGUAUAGCUGCUACUAAUAGCAUAGCUGCCUUUCACGCAGACCCAGAGAAGGUACAACUGCAGCAGCAGCAGCAACAGCAGCUGCAGCACCAUUUACAUCAGCAGAAACAGCAGCAGCAGUUACAGCAGCAGCAACAUUUACAACAUCUGCAGCAGCAGCAGCAGCAGCGCUCCUGGGCCCAGCAUCAACUGGCCCACAUGCAGCAGCCCCCUGAGGGGGCCAAUCCCUGCAAGAACCCAAGGAUGGAGCCUCCAACCGAGUGCGCUUACCCCUCUCGAAACCUCAACUAUUCCCACAAGCUACCCAACGCCGCACAGUCCUUCGCCCUGAAGCACCCCUCAGAAAAAGCACGGCCGUCGUCCCCCGUUAACUGCCCAGUAGGUUCUAUGCCUUACAUUAAUGGCCACUACAUGCAGCCGCCGUGGGGCGGCAUCCCGGCCACAGCAGGUAACAAUGGAUCCGGCCCUCAGGACCUCCCCGGGGCUUUCCAGGGAGGGCAGGCUGCUGCCUCCGCGAACCGCAUCCCGGGGGCAAAGUACAGGCCGGGCAAAGAGGGUCCUCCUGACCCGUCCAAGUUGAUGCAGAACGUGGAUUUCUUAGGAGGGGGCUUCCAGAUGCCCAGCUUUCAGGAGCAAAACAUGGGCGUGAUGGAGAAGAUGCACAGGUCGGCCAUGGGCCAAGUUCAGGAGCCCAACAACAGCAGCGGCGGUGGCGUUCAUGCUCAUCACCCGGGCUACCAUUAAAGCGUGCGCUUAUCCCCUCUCCGGCCCCCUCCCCUUCUUGUGUUUUGAGUUUUUCUCAACAGCUACUUUCAGCUCCUGUGGUUUAUUCUUUAAGAUCUUGCAAGUGAUCAAUUACAGUUGAAUUGCUCCAGAGCUGGAUUUGUAGACCCCACCAGGUUGUGAUGUUUCAAAGUAUUCCUCAGGUCUUAAGCCAUGUCGUACCUUUGUUGCAGAUGAAGGGUUUUUGAGAUUGUUGUCCACUGUCGAGUAGAAUUCCUCUUUUUCAUCACUGGCAUGGAUGUGCUGCUCUUUGUUCGUGUAUAUAUUGUGUUCUAAACUAUUCAUUUGCAGAUGAGAAUAUGAUUGUCACAGUGCUUUUUCCUUGGUUGACAUGUAAAACCUUUUAUUUUCAGCAUUUCUGGCCUUACAACUGCCCAAAGGCAAGAUAUUAGGAUGUCCUCGUGUGAUGUUUUCUUUUUUUUGCAAUUAUUUAUCCUCUUAACAGGUUUGUGAUCCAUUUAAAUAAGGUUACAUGUAUAUGCAAUUAAUAGGACUGUUAAUGUUUCUGUCCCAGAGGCUCCUCUCGUAGUCGCGGUGGACACUUCCUCUAUCAGGAAUACAACAUGGCACCUGAACUGUGCCGUUUGUGUCCUGCUAGUUUGUUUCUUUUCUGCAUGGUUCAAUGGGUGAUCACAGUGUGCAAAAACGCCCAACCAUCACAGAACUUUAGUUCAAAAAUAAGACAACGCCAGCACUAGCAAAAUAACAGUAACACUCUCCAUGUAGUUUGUGGAGUUGCGAGUAGUUGACUCUUUGUUUGGUAAGUCUAAAGUGCCCUCUUGUGUGUGUGUGUGAUAUUUCAAUAAUCGCUUACGAAGAACUUAUUUCUGUUUUUGUCGUAUUUCUGCAGACGGCCCUACUUGAACUGUAGAAAUUCCUUUUUAAAUGUUGCGGCCUGACGUCUGGCAAGAGGAUCAUAAAGUCCAUUAGCCCCUAUUAGUCUGUAGCUGGCGUGCAACAGAAUAGCAUCCCAUUCAUAUUAAAAUGCCGUGCGCAUGUCAGUGUGUGAAAAGUAAAUUGAUUACUUGCAAGUACUUAAAAUAAUGCAAGGUGGGAAAAGCGCUUGGGUUUCCCCUCACCACCUUACUACUGUAACACGAGUGAGCUGAUGUGGACGUUACCUGUGUGGCUCCGUCUACUGAUCGCCGUCUCUCUGCUACCUAUAAAAACAAAGGAAGGACAUGUAAAGCUAGCUGCGUCUAGCAUCAAGCUCCUCUAGUCCUCUUCUUCGGGUUGAUGUUUGCUCUGCUGGCCUCAAGCCUUCUGGGAAAAAAAGCCUUAAAUGUCACAGUGGUUAUCCUCUACUUAAUACUUACCUUAACUGACUUCCUUUGCUAGGAUCCCAACUUCAGUCUGGCUUUGCUGUGAGAAAGAAUGAAGUUUUUCUUUUCUUUUCUUGGAGCUUAUUUGAACUCUGUACUGUCUGGUCAUUGGACAGAGGUUGUGUGUGUGUGUGUGUGUGUGUGUGUGCGCAAAGGAAGUGGUGAUGUUGCCUUACAUUGAAACAUUAAGGUAAUCAUGCUACUCCUACUUGAUAAAGCACCCAUCCUACUGUCUCAAAUGUUGCCUAUCAAGGAUUUUAAGAUGUUAAAAUAUGAAUAGUAUUUAGCUGAAUGAAUAGGUAUGUAGAACAGGGCUGUAGCAGUUAUUUUAAAGUGUUUGGACUGUGUGUUUUUUAGUUGUUAUACUUAAUAAAUAUCCUGAUAUAAUUUAAUUUAUUAUUAUUUUUGGACCACUGCAUCCUGAAGCCAUAGGUGUUUUCACAUUAGGUGCCAUAGGUGAAUCCCAUUGACGCAGUGGAAGCUGAAUUGUCCGUUAAUCUGACGUCUUUCCCAGCGCUGAGCUUUUCUUUGCUUUGUUCUCCGUUCUCUGAUUUGUGCUCAGAAACACACAGUACAGGUCAAAAGGGAGGAAGAGCUGCUGAUCCGCCGUCUGCAGAAAGAGAGACAGCUUAGAUGCGAGCCGUAGCUUUUCUGUGUUUUGGUCUUUAUACUUAAUGGCAGUUUUCUUUCCUGGUUCUCAUUUUUGAUGUGCCUGCCCCUUAAAGCUGCUAUAGACUUUUAAUCUGAACACACUAGUAUGAUUUGUGUGUGUGUGUGUGAAUAGUAAUGUGUAUGGGCUGUAUCAGUGAAAAUAAGUUCCUAUUCAUGGGGUGGACGCAUGGUGAAGAUUUGGUCUAUUCUUUAUUCCAAAUCUAUGUAAUAACUGACUAGGACUCAGAAUGGCAGUGAUUUUCAGGAGUUUGACCCACUGCAUUGCAGGCCCGUGUGGGUUUCUCAACCUUAAAUCAACACUAAUCGAUCCGACAGGCCUGCCCGGUUUAUUUUUGAACUGCCUCGUUACAGCCCGACAUAGUCAGGUUCUACAGUUUCAUAUGAAGUGCCUCCACUGGGCUUAGUAUGGAGAAAUGUGGGAAUGGGUGCUUGUGUGUGUAUGUUAAGCUUGGGUACUUGCACACAGGUGUGUGCGCGCCGACAACGCGCACAAAGUUAAUCUCUGACGGGGGACCAAGCUACUUAGUUAUAACUACUGAUACUGUGUCAUGGACUAGAAGUCCUGAAGUGUGCCACGACUCCUCGACGCCGUCAGGAUGUGUGAACUGUUUGCUGCUGACUCACUGACCAAAGUGACCAAGCGUCCCUUCUCUGUAACCACCCCGGCCUAAAAGCCUCGGCGAGUUUGUAUCGGGAACUGAUGUUCUGACCGUACUGAGCAGCAACCCGGUGACAUAAAGCAGAGCCGCUGCCCUCGUUUGUCACGCUUAAAGAAAAUCUUGUGAAGUAAAGAUGUGAACGGAGUGUUAAAAAUAAAUCUAGAGUGAGUGGUUCCUCUCUGCACAGUGCACCCCAAUUUUGUUUCGGCCAAGACAGAUUCAGAUGUUCUACCUGGAACUUUGCAUGUUCUGUGAUUCCUUUCACACUAUUAUCACACAGUACACGUGGACGUGUAAGAAUCUCAUCUAGCCGACUUGAUGGCAAUAUCUAUUGGGACACAGGUAUGAGACGACCCUCUAGAUUGAUUUUUACUCUGAUUAAUCCGAUUGUCUUUGAUCAAUUGAAGAUGUAUCCUGUUGUGAACGGUGGUGGAGGAGGGGGGGCUUACUUUCUCUACUUUGUGAAAAUGUGAUAUUCCAGUUUUGCCUAACCUUCAGGAAUAAAAAUGUCUUGCACAAACAUUCCCCCUAACCAAAAUAAAGUUUGCAAACACGGA